AUGACUGUUACCUACACCAACCGGGUGGCAAACGUCCACCUGGGCACCUUCUCCAGGCUCCUGCUACAAUGGAGAGGGAGCAUCUACAAACUCCUCUAUUGCGAAUUCUUCAUCUUCAUCCUCAGCUAUUUCACCAUUAGCAUCAUUUACAGACUGAUCCUCAGUGAAAGCCAGAGGCUGCUGUUUGAGAAGUUGGCCUUGUACUGCGAUAAGUACGCCCAGCUCAUCCCUGUGUCAUUCGUGCUGGGCUUCUACGUGGCCCUGGUGGUGUCCCGCUGGUGGAAUCAGUACCAGAGCAUCCCCUGGCUCGAUCGGCUCAUGAACCUGGUCUCGGCCAACGUGGAAGGCGAGGAUGAGCAAGGCCGGCUGCUUCGACGCACCCUGAUGCGCUACGCCCACCUGUGCACGGUUCUCAUCCUCCGCUCAGUCAGCACCGCCGUCUACAAACGUUUCCCCAGCAUCCGACACUUGGUGCAGGCCGGCCUCAUGACCCCCGAAGAGCACAAACGAUUUGAGAGCCUCAACUCUUCCCACAACAAAUUCUGGGUUCCGUGUGUGUGGUUUGCCACCCUGGCCGCCAAAGCCCGAAGGGAAGGCCAGAUCAGGGACAGCGUUGUUCUCCAGGGUAUCCUGAAUGAACUAAACACCUUACGCUCUCAGUGCGGGGCCCUCUACGGCUAUGACUGGAUCAGCGUCCCUCUGGUCUACACCCAGGUGGUCACCGUCGCCGUCUACAGCUUCUUCCUGGCCUGUCUGAUAGGGCGACAGUUUCUGGACCCAACCAAAGGCUACCCAGGCCACGAGCUGGACCUUUUUGUGCCUGUCUUCACCCUUCUCCAGUUCUUCUUCUAUGCUGGCUGGUUAAAGGUGGCCGAGCAGCUCAUUAACCCCUUCGGGGAGGACGACGACGACUUUGAGGCCAACUGGCUGAUUGACCGGAAUUUACAGGUCAGCCGGGCCGAGCCGGCGUGUGGCGCCCACUCUGCUCUGGGCCCUUUGAGACAGAAAAGUCCGUCCUCAGCACCAACAGCGGGCUAG